GAAGCAAAAGCUUCCCCCAGCUGUCCUGUAAGCUGAACACUUCCCUCUCUCCUUUGGAAAAUGAUUCGGCUAGUCAGUGCCGUGAAGCAGACCUUGCAUGUGAAAUCUGUGCUGCAGAGGCCCAAGAGGACCCUCAUCCCAUCAUCCCUCCUUCCCACAGCCCACCAGAGAUUUUUCACAGCCUCUGCUGUUCCUCUGGCAAAAACAGAUACUUGGCCAAAAGAUGUGGGCAUCCUUGCCCUGGAGGUCUACUUCCCUGCCCAAUAUGUGGACCAGACUGAGCUGGAGAAAUAUGACAGUGUGGAAGCUGGCAAAUACACAGUGGGCUUGGGCCAGACCCAAAUGGGCUUCUGCUCUGUCCAAGAGGACAUUAACUCCCUGUGUUUGACGGUGGUACAACGGCUGAUGGAGCGUACCAAGCUCCCUUGGGGCAACGUGGGGCGGCUGGAGGUGGGCACUGAGACUAUCAUUGACAAGUCCAAGGCCGUCAAAACAGUGCUCAUGGAACUCUUCCAAGAUUCAGGGAACACAGACAUAGAGGGCAUUGAUACCACCAACGCCUGCUACGGAGGCACCGCAUCCCUCUUCAACGCUGCCAACUGGGUGGAGUCCAGCUCCUGGGAUGGUCGCUAUGCUAUGGUGGUGUGUGGUGACAUUGCUGUCUAUGCCAGUGGGAAUGCUCGAUCUACAGGUGGGGCAGGGGCUGUGGCCAUGCUGAUUGGGCCCAAUUCUCCCCUGGUCCUAGAACGAGGACUUAGAGGAACCCAUAUGGAGAAUGUAUAUGAUUUCUAUAAACCUGACCUGGCCUCCGAGUACCCUGUGGUGGAUGGGAAGCUCUCCAUUCAGUGCUACCUUCGAGCCUUAGACCGAUGCUAUGCAUUUUAUCGGAAGAAAAUCCAGAAUCAGUGGAAACAAGCUGGCAUUGAACGACCUUUCACCCUCGAUGAUUUCCAGUUCAUGAUUUUCCACACGCCUUUCUGCAAGCUAGUCCAGAAGUCCGUGGCACGCCUGAUGUUCAACGACUUCCUGUCAGCCAACAGUGAUGUUCAGAGUAGCCGCUACAAGGGUCUAGAGGCCUUCAGGGAUUUGAAGCUCGAAGAUACCUACUUCAACAGGGAGGUAGAGAAAGCCUUUCAAAAAGCCUCUCUAGAUACAUUCAACCAGAAAACCAAAGCCUCACUCAACCUCGCCACUAGGAAUGGGAAUACGUAUACCUCUUCCCUCUAUGGGUGCCUGGCCUCCCUCCUCUCUCAACACACUCCCCAGCAGUUGGCUGGGGCCAGGAUCGGUGCCUUCUCUUAUGGCUCUGGCUUGGCAGCAAGUUUGUUUUCAAUUCAAGUCUCCCAGGAUGCUACUCCAGGUUCCCCUCUGGAGAAAUUAGUAUCUAGCGUGUCAGACUUGCCAAAACGCCUGGACUCCCGAAAGUGUGUAUCCCCUGAGGAGUUUUCUGAAGUCAUGAUGCAGAGAGAGAAAUAUUCCCAUGAAGUGAAUUACUCUCCUCCUGGUGACAUAAACAGCCUCUUCCCAGGCACAUGGUACCUGGAUCGAGUGGAUGGGAUGCACCGCCGUAAGUAUGCACGGCGGCCUUUCUAAGGAGGAACAGCUGAACCAGCCUGCCUGUGGGGAAUCAUCAGGCCCAUCCAGGAACAGGGUGAAGUGGGCUCCAAAAGACGCUGGCCACAAGCACUGCAGAAAGUCCACAUUCCAGUUCCCAGCAGCAAACACCUGCCCUCAACUGUCAAAGCACCAUAAGGGCUGGACCAAAUGGCCAACAUAAGCACAUGGCAUGGAACUUUCCCUAGCAAUGCAUCCCAGCAAAUCAACUGUUUGCAGAGCCUUUCUCUAGCCCUCCCCCUUAGAAGACCACCAGCAUCCCCUCCCCCACAUCCCCUGGUAUACGAAGCACAUUUAUAAAGCGGAGUCCUUGGAGAAGGGGACAAAGAUGGAAAACAAAAAGUGAAAUCUACCAUUUACCUCCAAGAAAGUAGCAUGGAUAAAACCUUUACUGUACUCAGUUCAAUUGAACAAGCAUUAUUAAGUGCCUACCUACUAUGUGACAGGUACAAGGCAAGAAAUAGAAAGAUUCUAAAAUAAAAACA